AUGACCUGCAAGGACCGACUGCCGGAGCUGCGUCGCAGAGCACGCGACGCCGGUGUGAGCUCGGAGCCGGGGCCGUCGACGGAGGAGUGCCUUUCGCACUCGGAGGCGGAUCCAUUUAUUGAUGACCGUCACCAUCGACAGAUUCAGGAGAUCGUCGAGGAGGUGCAGAGGAUCCGAUAUUGGAUCGACGAGGUCGUCUUCAACACGCGGCUCGUUCGCAGCCUUCACUCCGAUCCGACCUACCAUACGAACAAGGUUCUGCAAGAGCGAGUGGACGCGUUGGCGACUUCGUCGAACGCCGUCGGGCUCAAAGUGUGCGGUGCUCUGCGGCAACUCGAAGAGCGCGCUUCGGCCAGCUCGGCCGGCCUCGAGGGAAGAGUGGCCCGCCUGCAGUGUGCCGCCACGCGACGCAUCUACGCGACCGCCCUGCGCGACCACUACGCGGCGCUGCAGUCGCUGCGAGACACCCAGCUAAGCCUGCUUCGCGACCAAAUCAAACUCACGAAUGUCGACAUAACGGACGAAGAGUGCGAGAGGUUGCUGGAUUCUGACAAUGUCUCCUUCUUCGUGGAUAACCUAGAAACGGAGAGGGCGGCGGCGCAAGGGGCCCUGCGAGAUGCGGAGGUUCGGCGCGAUGAGCUGGUGCGCGUCGAAGCCACUCUCACGGAAGUCCGGGACCUCUUCGUGCAGCUCGCGCAUCUUAUCGCGGCGCAGCAAGACCAGGUGGAUAGCGUGGAGUACUACGCGCUGCAGGCGACGGAGCGCGUCGAGUAUGGAGGCAGAGACCUGCUCAAAGGAACCGUCUCCCGGAGGAAAGCCAGAAAGAAAAAGAUAGGUCUCAUAAUAUGUCUAACUUCGGGCUUCUUUGUCGUUCUACUGGUACUCGUCUACACUUGA